AUGUCGUCGUCAGAUGAUGCGUGGUACAAAACCUCAAUUUCGAGCACGUCGUCAUGUAUAGAAGAAGAGCACGAGCCAGUCGAUCAGGAUGAAGAAGAGAUGUACAAUCCAAGUGGAUGCACAUGGCAACUUCUAUCCGUCUCAUUACACAGAGUAAGUGCUGCCAAUCUCGGGUUCGGCAUAGCGAUAUCCGGUGGUCGCGACAAUCCACACUUCACUUCUGGAGACCCUGUCGUUGUCAUUUCGGACGUCGUGCCAAACGGACCAGCUUGGGGACUUCUUCAAGUAAAUGAUAGGAUUCUAUCGGCAAACAACGUGUCGUUCGAAAACAUUGACUAUAGCAGUGCAGUCGACAUAAUCAAGAAUAAGGAUCACAUUGAUAUGAUAGUGAAGCGACGAGUAGCAGUUCCAAUGUUAGAAUACGAGCAGAGAACACUAAAGUUUACACUAUCAAAGUCUCGGAAAAAGGAUGAUUUUGGAAUCGUUGUUGGAUGUAAAUUUUAUAUAAAAGAAAUCAGAAAUCCGAAAUUAGCCGAGAAGGAUCCAGGGUUGAAGGAAGGAGAUUCGGUGUUGAGGAUCAAUGGACAAAGUCUAGAUGGAGCAUCGUUGGAAGAAGUGAAUAAAUGGUUAGAGAGAUCUAGAGACAAAUUAUGUCUUGUGAUACAAAGGGAUGUGCGGAGGGGUACUUCCCGGUGGCCAUCCCAGAAUACUGUUUAUGAGAGAGUGGGGAGUGUUGGAGCGACGCCAAGGCAUUCACCAAGUCCAAUGCUACCGCAUAUGCCGAUUGCUCAGAGGAACUCCCACGAGUAUGUGAAUUCUCCACGUCAUCGAUCCGACGGAAGUGUGGAGCGACGCGUCUCGUCUCCAGCAAAUUCGCAACUCUCCAACUUCAAUGGAAUGGCAUCUUCGCAAAUCACAACGCAAGAAUACGACUGCUACACACGUCAACCAUCCAGGUCAAUAGAUGCGAAUGGAGUUGCAAAUGUCAUGUUCCGGAAGGUGGAAAACUAUAUAGAAAUUGAAAAGAUAAUUAAAGGGUUUAUCGUUUUGCAGGUUGGCGGAAGUGUAGGUGUACGCGUAAUUGGUGGUAACGAAGUGGGCAUUUUCGUAUCAGCUGUAGCUGCCGACUCACCAGCCUCACUUCAUGGAGUUAGUUGUGGAGAUCGGAUUCUCGAAGUGAACGGGAGGAAUAUGAGAGGAGUGACAAGAGAGUCUGCCGUACAACUUCUUCUAGGACUCGACGACAGAGUGUCUUUGAAAUUGGAACAUGCAAGACAAGACUUUGAGCACGUUAGAACCAACCAACUCGGAGACAACUUCUACAUUCGCUCUCACUUCUCCCGAGAACGCCGGGAUAAGUCAAGUCAGUUGGAAUUGAGUAUCAAUGAAGGAGACAUCUUCCACGUCACGGAUACUCUAUUCGGAGGUACUGUAGGAUUGUGGCAAGCUGCAAGAGUCUAUUCCUCAUCGGAAAACAAAGGAGAACCUGUGAAAGGAGUCAUUCCGAAUCAAGCAACAGCAGAACAGAUUGCAAAGGAAUGGAGGGUGUAUGUAGAACAGAAACAGGCAAAGAGCAGUGGAGGCAGUGGAACUCUUUUGAGACGGAAAUUCGAAUCAAGGCGGACAAAGUCACUUCCGAAGAAUAUGAUUUGUGAUCCGAAUGAACUGAAUCUCCCAUUACCUGCCUAUGAGAGAGUAGCCCUCAACACUCCAUCUUUCCAUAGACCUGUAGUCCUUUUUGGUCCACUUGCCGAUAUUGCCAGACAUCAACUCUUGAACCAGUUCUCCGCAAGAUUCGGAUCUCCAGAAUCCGAUGGUGGAGUGAUUCGAUUGAGCUCUGUGGAUCAUGUUAUUGCAACGAUGAAGCAUUGCGUCCUGGAUAUCAGUAUAGAAUCAGUGGAACGUCUUCAGCUAGCACAAUAUGCUCCGAUCGUUGUUUUCUUGGAUGUUGAUGGAAGAUCAAAGAUCAGAGAGAUCCGAAAGAAAUGCAACGCUCCUCACUUAUCAUCUCGGAAACUAGCCGAACAUGCGAGCCAAAUCAAGAAACACCAUUCUCACCUACUAUCAGCCACUAUUGACGCAACACACGAAACUGGAUGGUUCGAUGCGCUUCGUGAACUCAUUGGACAUCUUCAACAACGUCGGCUUUGGAUGCCUGAAUUCCCUCCAAACCUCCCUCUUGAAGACGUUCUUCUCUUCCCACUUCCCAAAUACGAAGGCGAUGUGGAUUCUCUGAAGAGCGAGUACGUGGAAUAUAACAAUACACCACAAGAUAGUCUUCCAAGGAAAGCUGAUAAGAAUAACAAGUACAACUGGGAUAACAGUAUCGCAUCGUCGAUUGGAGGAGGGCCUGGAGACUUGCCACCAGAAAUCAGAGAGUAUUCUACUAUGCCAAGACCUCAUCAUCAAUUAGGACCUGAUUUUGGAGUGGGAAGGAAUCGGCAGUCGUCGAAUUCGCAGUCAACAUUGUCUACAUUUAUAACAACGGCGUCUUCGUCGAAUCCUCAAAAUAUACAAACUCCACAAGGCCCUCAACGUCCACUUUUGACGCCUACAAGAGAUGAAUCAGCAUCGAGAACGACUACUCCUCACGGAUAUUAUCAUGUCAAACAGCUACUCGACGACGAUUCCCUCUACCAAGAUGCUCGGCUAGCCAACGAGAUUGCCAAUGCCAGAUUGCGAGAAGAAGCGAAACUUCGAGAAGAGCGAGUGCAAAGGCAGCGACUUGAGCAAGCCUCUCCUUCAAAUCUUGCACACCGUCUGGACAAUGCCACACCGAAUAGUUUUGAUUUUUCCAAUUUACCAACAACCGGAGCUCCGCCGCCAAUCAACACUAAUGCUGUAAACAACACUCGAUACCAUCCCUUGACACCUUCCAGCAUGACGUCUUCAUCAUCUGGAGCGUCACGGAAUCAACAACUUCAGAAUACCCAAACACCUCCACCACCAAGACCUCCACCAGUAAAUUCCAAUCCAUACACGACAAGUUACAUUAGGAACAAAUGGAAUAACGAUGGCGCGAUAGAUGCUAGAGGUGUAGAAGAGCAUCAUACCCCACCUGCAAUUCCAGCCAGAACUAAUGGAAGUGCAUCACCAGCCAACGCGAGUAUCUCAUUGACAGUCUCCAAUGUGCCAACAGGCUCUUCUAUCGCCUCAAAAUCACCAACUCCUCGUUUGGAUGAAAAUGAAAACGGGCAAAAGUCCGAGGAAGAAGAGCCAACGGUGGUUGAGGAGAGCACAGCACUAGUUGGAUCCCAAGGAGGAGUCAUUCGGUGUGAGAAGUCGAACGUGGAACUUAGGAUACCGCCCGGUGCGAUUGCCGACGGUGAAGAACACGAGAUUUAUGUGAAAGUGUGUCGAGAAGGCGACUCGUCACCAAUUGAUAGAUCCAAAGGAGAAACCCUGUUGUCACCAUUGGUCAUGUGUGGACCACAAGGACUGAAAUUUGAGAAACAAUGCGAACUCCGAAUGCCGCACACCGGACCAAUCAGCGCCGAUUCUGAUGGUCAAUGGUCAUUCUCUCUGAAGACUGGAGAGGGCGGAGAGUGGAAGCAUAUGGAGAUUGAACAGCAGGCGACAAACGCCAAUCAUGAUCAAUUCUUGACUGUUCCAAUUACUCAUUUCUAG